UAUUGUUCACUUUAUAUCUGUACUUUACUUUGUUCUUAGUUCCUCUUCUUCUUCUUCUUCUUCGUCUUCUUGGUGUAUUGUAGUUUGUGGCCUUGUGAGGCUGUUUGGUUUGUUUGAAGUGUCAUCAAUGGCAGACAUUACUAACCCACCCAUGGAACAGUUACAAGACCUCGAGUACUGCAUAGACUCUAACCCUCCUUGGGUUGAGACCAUCAUAUUAGCAUUUCAAAACUACAUCCUGAUGCUGGGAACAAGCGUGAUGAUCCCUACGUUACUGAUCCCUGCAAUGGGUGGAAGUGAUGGUGACAAAGCACGUGUAAUACAGACUUUGCUCUUUGUAGCAGGCAUCAAUACACUUCUCCAAGCACUUUUUGGAACAAGAUUGCCAGCAGUUGUGGGAGGCUCCUUUGCAUAUGUAGUUCCCAUAGCUUAUAUUAUCAGUGAUUCCUCGCUGCAGCGGAUUACCAAUCAUCACGAAAGAUUUAUACAGACAAUGCGAGCUAUCCAAGGAGCUUUGAUUGUCGCAUCAAGCAUACAAAUCAUUUUGGGUUACAGCCAAGUUUGGGGACUAUUCUCGUGGUUCUUCAGUCCUCUUGGUAUGGCACCUGUAGUCGGAUUGGUUGGCCUUGGAUUGUUUCAACGAGGAUUUCCUUUGUUAGGUACUUGUGUGGAAAUUGGGAUUCCAAUGUUGUUACUGGUCAUUGGAUUGACUCAAUAUCUAAAGCAUGUGAGAACAUUUAGGGAUGUGCCUGUUUUUGAACGAUUUCCUGUGUUGAUAUGCGUAACAAUUAUUUGGAUCUAUUCCCUUAUUUUAACUGCCAGUGGGGCUUACCGAGAUAAGCCGAUAAAGACUCAAAUUAGCUGCCGCACGGACAGAGCUAAUCUUAUAUCUACCGCCCCGUGGUUCAUGUUCCCAUACCCUCUACAGUGGGGGCCGCCUACAUUCUCGGCAGGUCAUUCAUUUGCUAUGAUGUCUGCAGUUCUUGUUUCUAUGGUUGAGUCGACUGCUGCAUACAAGGCUGCAUCUCGAUUGGCAAUUGCCACUCCCCCUCCCGCUUAUGUCUUGAGCAGGGGUAUUGGCUGGCAGGGAAUUGGCAUUUUGCUUGAUGGUCUUCUUGGAACAGGCACUGGUUCUUCUGUUUCUGUGGAAAAUGUGGGGCUCCUUGGAUUGACCCGGGUUGGAAGUCGUAGGGUUGUUCAGAUAUCUGCCGUGUUCAUGAUAUUCUUUUCUGUCUUAGGAAAAUUCGGAGCGGUGUUUGCUUCUAUACCCUUCCCAAUAUUUGCAGCACUAUACUGUGUUCUUUUUGGUCUAGUGGGCCUCUCUCUAUUCCUCGGAUUAUCCAUCCCCCAAUUUUUUGGUGAAUAUUGGAAUCCGUCACACAGAGGUCUUGUUAAUACCAAUGCUGGAUGGUUCAAUGCAUUUUUGAACACCAUAUUCUCGUCGCCAGCGACGGUAGGGUUGAUCGUUGCUGUGUUUCUUGACAACACGAUAGAGGUGGAGAAGUCGAAGAAAGAUCGAGGGAUGCCAUGGUGGGUGAAGUUCAGAACAUUUAGAGGAGACAACAGAAAUGAAGAGUUCUACACUUUGCCAUUUAAUCUGAACAGAUUCUUUCCACCAACGUAGCCGAGUUUAGGAAAACCAGCAAACCCUAAAUUCCAAUUAACAUGCAGUCUUCUUUAGAGUUGCUGUAUAUGCAGGAUCUUGUGACACAAUUCUUAGGACAAGGUGCUAAUCUUCUUCAUUUCUUCUACUCAUUUUUUUUUUUAGUUGGGGCCAUUGUGUAAUGGUACCCAGAUAGGAUUGUAAACCAUUCAAUCCAAUGCUUUUUGUAGAUGCAAUAAGAGAUCAGUUUUCUUUCCUCUGCUACUUGGAUGAAUUAAUGUACAAGAAAAGCAAGCCCAAUUCAUU